GUUCGUCUCAUUUGUUCACACCGAAACUACAAAGAUUCUCUCUUCUCUCUCUCUCUCCCGCAUCAACAUUGUUCACAGAAGAGAAGAAUUCUCGUUUUCUUGUUCAUACUAAAUGGGUCAUGACAAUAUCGUGAAGCUUGCGAGUCUACUCUUAAAGCUACACAGAGCUCCAUCAGAUUGGCUCUGUCUCCAUCCCCGACCGAGCCGGUCCAUCAGCGACCGCGGCGAAGGAGGAAACCAACGGAAGAUCAAACUCGUAAGAUCCGACGGUUCUUUAGAAGUCUACGACCGUCCAGUGGUGGUCUCAGAGCUCGCAAGAGACUUCCCAAAGCACAAAAUCUGCAGAUCCGACUCGCUCUACAUCGGACAGAGGACCCAUGUCCUGUCUGAAACCGACACGCUCAAGCUCGGACUCAACUACUUUCUCCUUCCGUCUGAUUUCUUCAUGAACAGCCUCUCGUUCCUCACCAUCGCCGCCUUGAAAUCUUCUCAAAACGGAGUCGGGUUGGUCAGAAAAUCCGCUGGAACUCAGCAGCAGCAGCAGCCGUUUCUUAUUCAAAAGGGAGGAACAAGAGAGAAGCUGAGGAUUCGUGUGUCUGAGACUCCCGUUAUCCACCGUGACAUCAAAUCGUCCAACAUUCUCAUCAAUGGCGACGGAUACGCGAGGCUGGCGGAUUUCGGACUGGCGUUGAUCGGAAACGUGGACGACGAGCGUCUGAAAGCCACGCCGCCGGCGGAUCUAACGGCCAUUGGUCUGAAUUAGAGUCCGCCGUGCCUCGUCGAUUGGGCAGUGCCUCUCGUUAUAUGCAGCGGGUGCGGAGUGAUCUGCGACGAGAGAAUCAGGAACCGGCCAAGCUCCGCCGUGAUACGGAGAUUGGUUGUUACAGCGGCGAGGUGCGUGAGAUCGAUGCCAGAGAAACGGCCGGAUAUGUCAGAGGUUGUGGAGUGUUUGAAACGGUGCGGAAGAUGGCAAGUUGAAGUUGGUGGGGAUUGUACGUAGUGGUAAAACGGUGUCGUUGGGGAUUGUACCUGCAAGUGAGAGUUUUAUUGCUUCUACAUAAUAGGAUUGCUUCUACAUAAUUGUUUUAGUGGUAUAGAUUUUCAGAUAUAACUUGUAGGGGUAAUUAUGGAUAUGUGUAUGAGGCUAAACAGUACAUAAAUAGUACUUUACCAAUCUCCUAAAUAAUCUUUCUAACAUGUAUAUUGAAUGUAAUUACUCUUUAUUUUGUUAAUUUUGUAUUAUUUACUAUAUAUAUGUAAGUUCUUUAGAGCUAAAGAAUACAAUCGAUCAAUAAUAAUGUUAGCUUUCAGAAAUCA